CAGCAGAGGCCAGCAGAGCAAUACGUGUUUGGUGUUUGUAAAUAAAGAGCGGAGACGGAGAGGAGAGCGCGAAGAACGCAAUAACUGGUGAUAACGGAGAAAAGCAGUGACUAACUGUGAUGAGAGGAAGAACAAGCAACAACAAACAAAGGAGAGGCACAGAGGAAUCACCGAGAAGGCUAAAUCUACAGAGAAGAGAGAAAAUAAAGAAGAGAACACUAAAAAAGAGGAGAUAGAGAACAGAGAAACACAGACACCGACGUUCAAGGACGAAGGAGAGCAAAGUUGAUGUAAAUGUGAGAAACUGACAGGUCGCUGGGAACACAAGCCUACACAGAGACGCAGGAGGCAUGUGAACGCUGGAGAGGCCUAGAUCUUUGUAAAGGCAGAGAAGAGGAGCAGAAAUGACCAAUAAAGGAGCACGGACAAAACAAAGAAGGAAGAGCAGCGAUGAUGGGAGUAGAGAUAGAGUGGCGCAGGUGACAUACAGACUUCCGGGAGCAUUCUGCUGGGACCCGGUGGUAAACUGCAGUGGUGGAAGCUGCGAACGUCCCAACCUGAAGAGGACGAUUCGAGAGUGGAAAAGUGACAUCCAACAGCGGAACUCGGCGAAGAAGAGGAAGAUUGACGCAGCGAUCGCACACAGCCACAGAGGUCAUGGCCGUGUGGAUGGACGUGUGGAUGGGUGUGUGGAUGGCUGUGUGGAUGCUGUGAUGGAUGCUGUGAUGGAUGAUAGAGUGGAUGCAUUGACUGGUGGAGAUAGUGACAAAAUGGAUGACAGCUGCUCUGGUGAAAUAGAUAAUGGUGAUGAUAGUCUACCUGGUGAAGUGUACAAGGAUGAAGAUGAUAAUGGCAUACCUGGUGAAAUUGAUGAUGAAAUGGAUAACGAUGGAGUAGAUAGGAGAGGAGGAGAUCGAAUGCCUGGUGAAAUAGAGAAUGAGAAAGCAGAUUGUGCCGUAACUGGUGAAAUAGAUAAUGACAAGGACGAAGGAGAGAUAACGAAAGGGAAUGAGAGAGAUAGAUGGAUAAAUGACAGGACAGACACGCAGACACACAAAACUGAUAAAAUAAAUACAAUAGAUGAUAAAAUAAAUGGAAAUACAAUAUCUGGAACAACUUCUGUCUCUAAGUCUUGUCACAUUGAGAUGGAGGUGAGUAAGGCUGUAGGACUGCCUCACCCCCCCCUCACCCCCUCUCCCCUUGGUCUGCCAGCCACUCUAGCCCAAAAUAGGUCUAACUGCUCUCAAUUUGGGCUAUCUAGCAGCAAAAUUGGGCUAGAAAAUGAGGAGUCUUGUCAGAAAGGAGAAAAUAGCCCAAACCAAGGUGGAAAUAGCCCAAGGAGAGAUGGAAACAGUGUUAGGGAGAAAAAUAGCCCAAGGAGAGAGAAAAACAGCCCAAAAUUGAAGAAAGGGAGCCCAAAGAGGAACGAAAACAGACUUUGCACAGUUCAAGAAAGUCAAAAUAGCCCAAGACACAAAAAUAGCCCAAAACGAGAGAAAAAUAGCCCAAAGAGAGGGAAAAACAGCCCAAACACUUCAAAACAUGACAAACGACCCCAGGAAAUCAGAAAAGGGGACCAAGAUGAACCAGAAGGACCCCAGGCUGACAAAACGGCCCCAAACACCUUUAAAACGCAUCCAAACACCAUCAAAACGGACCAAAACAGCGCCAAACCACCACAAAUUGUUGCGUUUGGUCUCUCAUCGCCACACGCAUCACAAAUUGCCAUGAAAGAAAAUAAAAAUGCAUCAACAAGUCUUCAAAAUGUACCAAGUCUGUUUACCUUGGCCACAGCACACCACAGCCCACAGCAGACCCUCACAGCACUCGCCAAAAGCUGUGAUACUGAGACCCCAAGCCUGUUUUCCUUAGCCACAGCCCACAGCAAAGACGAAACAGCCCAGAACAGCAUGAAAGUACCACAGAAUGAUGCAGAAACAGCCAAAAACACAGCAUUUGGUCUAUCUGCCCUUGCCACAGCACAGAAUGAUGCAGGAACAGCAAAAGACACAGGAUUUAGUCUAUCUGCCCUCGCCACAGCACAUAAUACUCUUAACACAGCACAGAUUGACACAGAGACACCUAAAAACACAGCAUUUAGUCUAUCUGCCCUUGCCACAGCACAGAAUGAUGCAGGAACAGCAAAAGACACAGGAUUUAGUCUUCCUGCCCUCGCCACAGCACAUAAUACUCCUAACACAGCACAGAUUGACACAGAGACACCUAAAAACACAGCAUUUAGUCUAUCUGCCCUUGCCACAGCACAGAAUGACACAGGAACAGCAAAAGACACAGGAUUUAGUCUUUCUGCUCUCGCCACAGCACAUAAUACUCCUAACACAGCACAGAUUGACACAGAGACACCUAAAAACACAGCAUUUAGUCUAUCUGCCCUUACCACAGCACAGAAUGACACAGAAACAGCAAAAGACACAGGAUUUAGUCUUUCUGCCCUCGCCACAGCACAUAAUACUCCUAACACAGCACAGAUUGACACAGAGACACCUAAAAACACAGCAUUUAGUCUAUCUGCCCUUGCUACAGCACAGAAUGAUGCAGGAACAGCAAAAGACACAGGAUUUAGUCUUCCUGCCCUCGCCACAGCACAUAAUACUCCUAACACAGCACAGAUUGACACAGAGACACCUAAAAACACAGCAUUUAGUCUAUCUGCCCUUGCCACAGCACAGAAUGACACAGGAACAGCAAAAGACACAGCAUUUAAUCUUUCUGCCCUCACCACAGCACAUAAUACUCUUAACACAGCACAGAUUGACACAGAGACACCUAAAAACACAGCAUUUAGUCUAUCUGCCCUUGCCACAGCACAGAAUGACACAGAAACAGCAAAAGACACAGGAUUUAGUCUUUCUGCCCUUGCCACAGCCCUUGCCACAGCACAGAAUGACACAGAAACAGCAAAAGACACAGCAUUCAGCCUCUCUUCCCUUGCCACAGCACAGCACAACAAUACUUUCAGUCUGUCCUCUCUAGCCACAGCAAAUGCAUCAAACACAGCCACACAUCCCAAUACCACACUGACCUUAGCCUCUCUCGCCACAGCAAACACAGCACAAACCGCACAGACACACACACAGCAAGCAGAUGAAGCGCUCUCACUCUCAACAGCAUCACAGCUUCAUAUCUUGGUCCCAAAGCUGCGAAUUCCAAACACAGGACAAACGGCAAACGCAGAACCACAGCGCUGCGUCUCUUCGCCACUCACGUUGCCCAGAACCACAGCAGGGCCCAGUUUGUCGUCCCUGGCACAAGCGCAUCUAAACGCAAACACUAUCGAUCUUUCCACUGCUCUUAAAACACAUAGUACUUCCACGCUGACUCAAAACGUGGUACCUCCUGGGCAAACGGCUUUAAGUAUACCACCUCUGAGUCAAACACCACCAAACGUACAGGUUCUGAGCCAAACACAGGCUAUAAAUAUACCUCGUCUUAGCCAAACGGCACUUGACAUUCUGAGUCAAACGCCACCAAAUUUACGAGUUCUGAGCCAAACGCAGCCUUUAAACAUUCCCCCUCUUAUCCAAACACCACCGCUUGGGCAAACACCACCACAGACAAAUGCAGGCUUCACAACACCACUUACCAUACCUCCUCUUAUCCAAACACCACCAAACACGGCCUUCAACACACCGCCAGAGGCACAUGCAAACAUCUUGCCUUUCAAACACACAAACGCAGACACACACACCCAAACGGCAAUGGAAGCAGACUUUAUGAUGGACUGCUUGAUUGGCAACAGUGACGAGACCAUAGAUUUAAAAACGGCGCUUGUACCAAUGGAAAAGAAAAUGGAGACAGAGGAACGGAGAGAAACAACACCACCAGUUAUCGAAAGUCCGCAAACUUUCACCCACUACUCGGCGAUGCUCAAACGCACACCAUCGCCGUUUGGUCAGGUGGUGGCAGACACGUGUACGCUUGCCCUGAUGCCCAAACGACCCACAGAAUGCAUGAUCUACGUCCCGUUUUCUGUGUUUGCGUUUGAUACUCUUUCACCGGAUGAGGAGGUACAAAGGGCCAUAAAUGAUCCCAGGAAUCCUUCGAGAUACAAGUUGAUCAUGCAGGAACGGCAGAAUAGAAUGAGUAGGGCGUAGUGGAGGGUGUUUGGGCGUGUUUGGAGGUGUUUAGAGGCUGUGUGUGUGUGUUUUGAGGUGUUUUGAGGUGUUUUGAGGUGGUGCGAGAUGUUUUGUGGAUGGUUAUGGGUGUUUGGGUGUGUUUAGAGGUGUUUUCAGGUGUUUGUAAGUGUUUUUUUGGUGUUUAGAGGUAUUGGAAGGUGUUUGGAGACUGUUUUGAAGUGUUUUGUGGACAUUUAGGCGUUUGGGAGUUUUUGGAGGUGUUUGGGUGUAGGUAAAUAUUUGAAUAACUGUAUGUAUGUGUGUAUGUGUGUAUGAGUGCGUGUAUGUAUGUAUGUUAUCUAAGACACACACAUACUGAAAACGUACACACACACACACACACGCACACACACAUACACACACACACAAACAUAUACACAGCCAUUUCAACACGGUACAAUUUAUAAAACUUCCGUCCACUGUGUGUGUGUGUGUGUGCGUGCGUUUGUUUCUGCGUUUGUGUGUAUGUGACGCAUUUUUGAGUAUUAUCGAGUAUUAUUUUGACCAGGGAAGGAAAAUAGCAGGAGAAUAACACUUAAGAGACUGUGCGUGCGUUUGUGUGUUUGUGCGUUAAGCGACGUUUUUUUGAGUAUUUUGUUAGGGAAGGAAAAAACAAGUAAUGAUGAGAAAUUGUGUUUUGACGAGGUACAAUGACUGUCUCUCACUCUGGCUACAGUUUGAUGGUUAUUUUAUUCAUUAUUAUUCAUUAUUAUCAUUGCCGAGAUAAAUAAUAGCAUGUGAUUUGUAUUUUUAAUGAAUUUGCAGUGUACAAUAAUGUUUCCAUGAGGUACGAUGGCUGUCUGUAUCUAUUAUUAGCUUAUUUCCAUCUUGUUAUCUUUCUCAGUUCAUUAUAUUAUCAUUAACAGCAGAAAAUGUAGCUUCUAAUGUGUGUGUUAGUUAAUGGAGGUCAGUGUACAAUAAUGUUUCAAUGAGGUACGAUGGUUCUUGGUACAAUGACAUGAUUAUUUGGUGUAUUACUUUAUUAUUGCCCACGGAAAAUGUAGCUUGUGAUUUACGUGUCCCUUUUUUCAAUGUAGGUCACAAAAUGGGUGUGUUCCAAGUGAGAGGCUGAGUUGCAGUGUACGAUAAUCUUCUGAUGAGUUAUGAUGGAUCUUUCACUGUGGGUCACUGUUGCUUGGGUAUUGAGGUGAAAAAUACAGCUUAGAGGAAUAUUUAAGCCUAGAAUCUGUAUUAGGAGGUUGAAUAAUGAUUGAAAGCUUGUAUAUUAUUUGGUCCAGAAAGUGUACUAGGAGUUUGAAUAGAUAAAUAGGAGAAAUAGCAUUAGAUCUUGAUAAUUUUGAGGUAUUGGAGUGAAAAAUACAGCUUCGAGGAAUAUUUAAGCCCAGAAUCUGUAUUAGGAGGUUGAAUAAUGAGUGAAAGCUUGUAUAUUAUUUGGUCCAGAAAGUGUACUAGGAGUUUGAAUAGAUAAAUAGGAGAAAUAGCAUUAGAUCUUGAUAAUUUUGAGGUAUUGGAGUGAAAAAUACAGCUUCGAGGAAUAUUUAAGCCUAGAAUCUGUAUUAGGAGGUUGAAUAAUGAAUGAAAGCUUGUAUAUUGUUUGCUCCAGAAAGUUUAUUUGAAGUUUGAACAGAUAAAUAGGAGAAAUAGCAUAUUUUGACAAUUUUGAGGUAUUGAGGUGAAAAGAUACUACUUAGAGCAUUUUAUGAGAAGGAAGUUUGAAUAAUGAAUGAAAGCUUGUGUAUUGUUUGGUCCAGAGUGUACUAGGAGUUUGAAUAGAUAAAUAGAAGAAAUAGCAUUAUAUUUUGACAAUUUUGAGGUAUUGAACUGAAAAAUAGAACUUCAAAGUAUUGUUUGUGCCCAGAAUCAUAGAGUUUGAAUUGACAAAAGCCAGAAAUAGUACUGGAUCUUGUUAAUAUUGACUUGAAGACUGCAUAGUGAAUUGAGGAUAGUGUAUUAGAUAGUAUUAAGUCACAAUGUUAAGGUAUUUAUAUUAAGUACAGUGUUUUUCAUUGUACAAAGGCUGCAAAGUGAUAAAAAAAGGCAAAAAAACAGUACUAGAUCUUGUUAAUAUUGCAUUGAAGACUACAAAAAGAAAAGCAGUACUAGAUCUCAUAAAUAUUAGAUUGAAAACUGCAAUAUGAUAAAAAAAAAAAAUGAAAAACAGUACUAAACAAUACUAGAUCUUGUUAAUAUUAAGUCGAAAACAGCAAAAGAAAAAAGAAAAGAAAAAAAAGCACUGGAUCUUGUAAGGAUAAAAAAAACAGUAUUGGAUUUUGAAGACUACAAAAUGAAUGGAGAAUAGAGAAUUGAAUAGUAUUAGGUCACAAUGUUGAGCUGUUAAUGUGAAGUAAAGUUUUUUUUUCAUUGUACAAAGGCUGAAAUGUAUGUUGGCUUUGUGAGAAGUGAAGAAAUUGUAUUAAUGUUUAGUUAAGAUAUUUGAAUGUUAGAAGUGAGAGGAGUGAGUGAAAGAAUAUGGGAAAAUUAAUAUUAGUGUUUUCAUAAUGUUUAAAGAUGUUUGAGUGAAAGAAAAUGAAAAUAAUGAAGUUUUUUGAAUGUUAGAAGUGAGAGGGAGUGGAUGAAAGAAUAUGGGAAAAUAAGUAUUAGUGUUUUCAUAAUGUUUAAAGAUGUUUGAGUGAACGAAAAUGAAAAUAAUGAAGUUUUUUGAGUGUUAGAAGUGAGAGGAGUGAGUGAAAGAAUGUGGGAAAAUUAAUAUUAGUGUUUUCAUAAUGUUUAAAGAUGUUUGUAGUGAAAGAAAAUGAAAAUAAUGAAGUUUUUUGAGUGUUAGAAGUGAGAGGAGUGGAUGAAAGAAUAUGGGAAAAUUAAUAUUAGUGUUUUCAUAAUGUUUAAAGAUGUUUGUAGUGAAAGAAAAUGAAAAUAAUGAAGUUUUUUGAGUGUUAGAAGUGAG